AUGGUUGUGUUUGGCAUUGGAGAAAUCCUUUUGAUUAUUUUCAUUGUAAUCUACUAUUGGAGGCUCAACAAAAACAAACCCAUGAUGAAAUGGCCAGUGUUUGGAAUGUUACCUUCUAUCUUCUACAACAUGUCUAAUAACCAUGAUCAUAUAAACUCAGUUUUGAAACAAAACGGAGGAACUUUCAUUUUUGAAGGACCAUGGUUAACAAACAUGAAGAUUGUGUAUACAAGUGAUCCCAUGAACGUGCAACACAUCACAAGCACAAAAUUUGAAAACUAUGGUAAAGGAAAAAAUUUCAGAGAGAUUUUUGAACCCCUUGGAGAAGGAAUUUUCAGGUCUGAUUUCGAUGCGUGGAAGUACAACAGAACUCUACUUCAUUCAGUCUUCAAGCAGGAAAAUUUUAAGGUAUUUUUUUACAAAACCACUGAGAAAAAAAUUGAUAGUUGUCUCCUUUUGUUUCUUGAUAAUGCUUGUAAAAAAGGAUUGCAAGUAGAUUUGCAAGAUGUUUUUAGAAGGUUAACCUUUGACAACACAUGUUCUGUAGUUUUAGGGUUUGAUCCUAAAUGUCUUUCUAUUGAACUUCCUAAAGCUACAUGGGAGAGUGCAUUUUCUCAAGGAAUAAAAACAAUAUUUUAUAGACAUUACAAGCCUAGAUUCUUGUGGAAGCUACAAAAAUGGCUUCAAAUUGGUGAAGAGAAAAAGUAUACAGAGAAUCAAAAAAUUCUUGAUCAAGCGUUAUAUGAAAAAAUCGAAUCCAAAAGAAAAAUACAAGGCCAACAACAAUUUGACGUGAUAAACGCCCUUAUGAAUGAAAUGAAAGAUGGAAAAGAUCCAAUAGAUGACAAGUUUCUGAAAGACACAACAAUUAAUUUACUCGCAGCCGGGACAGACACUAUUAGUUCUGGCCUUACUUGGUUUUUAUGGCUGGUCGCGACGCACCCUUUUGUUGAAGCUAAGAUUCUUGAAGAGAUUAAAGAAAAUUUACCAUCAAGAGAAGGUAAUUGGAAAUGUUUAGGAAUAGAAGGUAUUAAUAAGUUGGUUUAUCUACAUGCAGCUUUAUGUGAAUCCUUAAGACUUUAUCCACCUGUCCCUUUUGAGCAUAAAUCUUCAUUAAAACCAGAUGUACUUCCUAGUGGACAUAAGAUUAAGUCAAAUACAAUGAUAGUGUAUUCUCUAUAUUCAAUUGGAAGAGUUGAGGAAAUUUGGGGAGAAGAUUGCUUGGAGUUUAAACCAGAGAGGUGGAUUUCUAAGAAAGGAGAAAUAAUUCAUGUACCUUCUUACAAGUUUAUUGCUUUCAAUGCUGGACCAAGGAGUUGUUUGGGUAAGGAGAUGAGUUUCAUUGAGAUGAAAAUGAUUAUUGUAGCAAUACUGUUGAAUUAUCAUAUUCAUGUGGUUGAAGGUCAAGUAGUAAAGCCAAGUAUUUCUUUAAUCCUACACAUGAAACAUGGCUUGAAGGUUAUGGUGAAAAAAAUAAGUAUUUGA